AUAUGUUUGCAAACAAAAUUUUAUUUCAUUAUUGCCGAUCAACGGUGUAAUUCAUGAUGGAAAUGGAAGUGGAUAAUAGUUUAAAUGAAGACUAUUUCAUAUCUAAAAUUAGAGAGGCGCGAGAAAGUAAGGAUUAUUUAUCUGCACGUACUUGGUUAACUACAGCAAAAUGUGGAUUCCCAAAUAGUUUCAACAUGGAGUUGGAGUCGUAUAAAAUUGAGAUGGAAGCAAACAAUUACCAAGCGGCUGCUAACAGUUUUAGCUUUAUAGCACUGUCUUGUAAGAUGAAGAACGAGGAAAUAUGGACAGAAAUAAAUGAACUAACUGCAGCACUUAGAGCACCUGAAAAUGAAAUAACUGCAAAGCAAGAAUUCUAUGUGAAAAUGUUCCAACACUUAUCUGCUGACGUACAACAAAAGAUACUCUUGUUGACUGUUAAUAAUACUGAAAAUAAUUUAAGUCAAUGCAAAUUACUUUUAAUGGUAUUAACAAGAUUCCCAGAACUGAUAAUGACACAUUCGUCAAGGCUUUUAGAAUUAAUUACUGACGGAAUAUCACAAAAUCCAGAAAUAUAUCAAAAAAUGUUAAUGGAUGAAGUUAUUCCAUUGCUUUAUAACAAUCAAGACCCACCUGAGUUGAACCCAGUGCUAGUAUGUCGUGUAUUUACGAUAUCAUUAGAAUAUUCUAUACGCGAAAUAAUGGAGGACAAGAGCGAUGCUAAUGAGAUUUGGAAAAAAAUUUUUCAAAUUCUAAAUUUAUGUGCCAAAAUUUUACGUUGGGAAACAUUCUUAUCUUUUAACAAAAAUUGGGGUCACAAUAUAUAUUGGGAAAAAAUAAUAGAUAUUAUUGCCAAAAGCCCAGGUGGCAGUCCUCAAGUGCUUUUUUAUGCUAUAACAUUAUUUAUUUACUCCUUACAUUCCUACAUAAAACAUUGUCAUGCACGUCUGGAUGAUUUAGAAAUCAAUCAUGUGCUAGUUGAAGGGUUCACCGAAUGGAAUGUCGACCGUAGUGAUGCUCAAAACCUUGAACCGCCACAGAUAUCAGUGACUACCAAUGCUAGCAAAACCAUUUCGAAAGCGUUUGUGCAUGCUGCACAAUGCUGGCAGUUACUGAAUACCGAACAAUUCAGACGUGAUUUGGGUGAAUUGUUAUUGAAAUUACCGAUAGCUCCAUGGAUAUCACGAUUUUUGUUCGACUUAGCGAUGUAUUUCGGACAUUAUGAUGACGCAAAGAAAGUUAUGGUAGAUUUGAAUGUCAACAAUAGUUUGGUGCAAAAUCUACAAAUACUUAGUUUGAAUAUGAUGCAAGGCACACUUACGUUACAAGGAUUUGAGUGUGUACUCGCAAUACUAUCUGAGUUGCCAACUACAACUGGACAAGAUAUGGAAGAUUUAUCUUUGAAUAUAAAAAGACAUUUGAUUUUUAUACCACUUACGAAAAAUGCUUUAAUCCAAUAUUGCGUAAAGGCAAUAAUUACUGGUUUGAGCCGCAAAUUAUAUGAACCAAAUUGUCCUGAUCACAUUCUUGGAAGUUUGUUAGUGCUGUUGCAAUUGGAAUAUCCACGUGAAGCUAUAAUGGCAGGACAAAUAUUCAAUUUAAUCCUUUCAAGACGUUCGUUUUCCUUUAAGUUGUUCAUUUCUUAUAUUGUUGAGAUUGAUUUCAUUGAAGAGUUUAUGUAUUUUUGGGUUAACUACGAAGAUUUUACCUUAGAUAUAAUAUCGCCAAGCGAGCCCAGCUCUCAUCGGCGUUCACGUGGAACAGAAAAAGGGACACGUGAUGAGAUUCGAAUACUUCUUAGACAACAAGUAUCACGAGCAAAUGAUAACAUACCAUCUCUAAUGCUAAAUUAUAUAUCACAAGAAAGAGCGCAGUUGAUAGAAAAUAUAUUUGGAGUGGACAAUCAAAGUGCAUUUUAAAUCCUAUUCGCUAAACUAAACUUAGUGUAAGACAUUAUAACUUAAGAUAAUUUGGUAUCACCAAUAAAAUAUACUUGUAAUGCUUUGGCUUUAGUUAUAAAUAAAUGUGAGAAAAAAAUUAUAUAUACAGUUAAGUUGAGUUGCUAGAGUAGAUUUGCAUGUAUUCUGUUUACUGGUUAAAGGUAUAAAUACACGUAUAAUUAGAUAUAUUCUAUAUACUAUUGGAGUUAUGAAUUAAAGUAUAAUUAGAUUUAUUGUUUAUACUAGAGUUGAAGCUAUGAAUGCAUG